GAGCAGCUGCAGCUCCGAUGGCAGCGGGCGAUGACACACAUGUGUCCGGGAGUUGAUCACAGUCACCUCGGGGCCGACUAAACACUCACAACUAACAUGUCUCGCCACAGAAAUGUUCGGGGUUACAACUACGACGAAGAUUUUGAAGAUGAUGACAUGUAUGGACAGUCUGUGGAUGAUGACUACUGUAUAUCACCAGCAACAGCAAAUCAAUUCAUCUACUCGCGUCAAGAGAGACAAGCACCAAAAGAGGAACCUCUAGAGGAGGAAGAAGAUGAAGCUGAGGAUGUUCCCAUGUCCCCUACCAUCAAUCCGGACCUCGACCCUCUUGAUCAAGCCAAGCUGUAUUCUUGCCUGGAUCACAUGCGGACCGUGCUGGGAGAUUCCGUGCCAGACUCAGUUCUGACCCAGGCUGCCAUAAAACAUGGAUUUGACCCACAUAAAGCGUUGGACGCUGUCCUGUCUGAAGACACUAAAACAGCCCCAGCUACCAGAAGUGCAGUUGAAGAGGUGACUUCGUUAGCCAGAGUUAGUCAGGAGAAGACGCCGCUUCCACAGAGAACCAAACGGGAACCCACUGCUGAGAAAGGAGCCUGCUUGUCUGCUUCUCACACGGACAUUACAUCUAAGGCAGAUAAACAGCAAUUUGUGCAAGCGCAGAGUGCGCUAAACUUAUGUGAUCUCUUAUCUCAUCAUAAGGCUGAGCCAGUGGUUGGCAGCCCUAUAAAUCAACAUUUUCACCAAGAAAAUCCACUUCCAGGUAAAAGCAGAGAUGUGUCUCACAAUAAGCUGGAUUCUGAAGUGGUGCCAAAGGUGGCCCGGAUGACCGUCUCUGGCAAGAAGCAGACAAUGGGCUUUGAUGUACCCAGCACGGAGGAGAAUGGCCUCGUGAACGCAUCGGCACAGCGAGGCAACAGCCCUGAAAAUGCCUCCAUGCCUCCCGUUUUGGAGACAACCCCGAGACGUCCUGGGACUCCUUCUAAAAGCUCAAAUGCGGACGAUGCGCCUGCCGUUCCAACGCCGAGCCGCUCCUCCGGGAAGACACGGCAGCAGAUCAACGUCAAGGCAGAGCUGGAGAAGAGACAGGGGGGAAAAACUCUCUUAAAUUUGGUAGUUAUAGGUCAUGUGGAUGCCGGUAAGAGUACACUGAUGGGCCACCUGCUUUAUCUGCUCGGCAAUGUCAACAAGCGCACAAUGCACAAGUACGAGCAGGAGUCUAAGAAGGCAGGAAAAGCAUCCUUUGCCUACGCUUGGGUUCUGGAUGAAACUGGAGAGGAGAGAGACAGAGGUGUGACAAUGGAUGUGGGCAUGACCAAGUUUGAGACGAACUCGAAGGUGGUGACGCUGAUGGAUGCACCGGGGCACAAAGACUUCAUUCCCAACAUGAUCACAGGAGCUGCACAGGCUGAUGUGGCAGUGCUGGUGGUGGACGCCAGCAGAGGAGAGUUUGAGGCGGGCUUCGAGGCGGGCGGUCAGACCAGAGAGCACGCUUUGCUUGUGCGUUCGCUGGGCGUCACUCAGCUGGCUGUAGCCGUCAACAAGAUGGACCAGGUAAACUGGCAACAAGAUCGUUUCCAAGAAAUCAUCUCAAAACUUGGCCAUUUCCUGAAGCAGGCAGGAUUCAAGGAGUCUGACGUUUUCUACAUCCCUAGCAGCGGCUUGUCAGGAGAAAACCUCACCGCCAGGAGUUCAGUGGCGGAGCUCACCUCCUGGUACUCGGGACCGAGCCUGAUGGGGCAGAUCGAUGCGUUCAAGGCUCCUCAGAGGUCUAUAGACAAGCCUUUCAGACUGUGCGUCUCAGAUGUGUUUAAAGACCAGGGUUCAGGCUUCUGUGUUACUGGAAAGAUUGAGGCUGGUUAUAUUCAGACAGGAGAGAGAAUACUGGCAAUGCCUCCUAAUGAAACCUGCACUGUCAAAGGAAUAACUCUCCAUGACGAGGCUCUGGACUGGGCCGCAGCAGGAGACCAUGUCAGCCUUACCGUCACCGGCAUGGACAUCAUCAAGAUCAAUGUGGGCUGCGUGUUUUGUGAUCCCAAGGAGCCGAUUCGAGCCUGUACCCGGUUCAGAGCCAGAAUCCUCCUCUUCAAUAUUGAAGUUCCUGUCACACAAGGCUUUCCAGUACUGUUGCAUUACCAGACGGUCAGUGAGCCGGCCACCAUUAGGAAACUAGUUAGUGUUCUGCACAAGAGCAGUGGUGAAGUCCUCAAGAAGAAACCAAAGUGUUUAAGCAAGGGUAUGAAUGCUGUUGUGGAGAUCCAGACCCAAAGGCCGGUGUCAUUAGAGCUGUACAAGGACUACAAAGAGCUGGGCCGCUUCAUGCUGCGAUAUGUGGGCUCCACCAUUGCGGCAGGGGUCGUCACGGAGAUCAAAGAAUGAAGUUGUUUUCCACCGACGCAGCAUCACAGAGUGAGCCUUUGCGCUGCAGCCUGCAUGCAGCCAGACAAACGGGGCAGUUCUUCCAAGAGAUGACCCUCAUAGAGCCGGAGUGCCAUUUGUUUUGUUUUUUACCAUCCAUUUGUCCAUCCGGUGCAGUGGCUGCUUCGAUCAACACUAACUGCACACACGCCCACCUGAAGGCCAGACGUCACCACACAACGCAGAAGGCUUCUGACACCCUGACUAAGUGUUGCUGAGUGCUUCACAUCUCCUACCGUGCAUUCAUUUGUCUGCCAGUAAAACCUUUCAAGUCUCUUUUUGAUCAAGUCAUAUCAAUACUGUGAUCCGGCCUGGGGGGGGGGGACAACCAAACAAAAAAAAAAAAAAAAAAUCCUUCCUGAGGGUUUCUAACAGCUCGUAUUUUUCUUGAGGGAGCAACUUUAAUCUUGACUGACAAGAAUAAUGACACUUGUGCUCGUCUUGACUUUAAGGAAUGAACAAGUACAGAUGAGGUUUCUGCUGUAUUUAAAAGUUAACGUGAUGUUUUGGCAUCCUUUUAGCAUCCUGUUUACAAAACAGCUGUUUUCAGGAUGAGUUUCUCCUAAUCCAAACAGAAUCAGAAGCUUGAAAUAAGAAAGUGUAAUGAUCCAGUGGGUUUUCUUUGUUUUUUUUCUUUUCCUUUUGUCGGAAAUAAAUUUGUUUUUUAAUUCAUAUGGCUGAGGGGAGAAUGCAUGGAAAUGCAUUUCCAAGCUUACUUUUACAAAAGAGGAAUAGUUUGUUCACAAAAAGAGGAAAUCUGUGUGGGAGACCAAGACACAAGAUAAUAAUAUGUAUCAUACGGAGGAUAUUUUUAGUAAAGCUGCAAAAAAGCUUCUUUUUUUUUUUUCCGGACAUUGUUUAUAUGUUUAUUUGGAAACGAAAGACGUGAAGUGAAAAUCAGCAGUUUAUGAUUUUAGUUUUAAUUCAUUGAAGGUGUCAAUUUCUGUCAAACUGAUUCAAGCUGAGGAGAAACCAAUGUGAUGGGUUUACGAUACAAGAAAGCUGCAUGUCAAUAAUCACAAAACUCAAAAGAAAGAAUAAUACUCAGUCUUUCAAAAUGCAUCAGUACAAUAUUUAGAGUACUGUAUGCAACAACAACAUGGUAACUUCCACUCAUGUUUAGUAGCAGCAUUGAGAGCACGAGUGACUCAAAGAUCAAUGAUGCUGUCAUUAAGGUCUUAAAGAAGGGAUAAUGGCAAACCACACACCUAUCAGGUGAAAUAAAAUUCAUAAAUGCUUUCAACCUUUGAUGCAAGCCUGCUUUUCUUCUUCCGUUUCUGUUGUUACAGUGGUGGUCAGAACCUCAGGUUCAAAAAGUUCAGUUGAAGUUGAAGCUGGAGAAUGAGAGAUUCAAGGAUGGAUCUGAGUCACCAGUAGCCUAAUUAGGCAAUAGUCAGAACUAAACUUACAUUUUCCAACUUCCUCUGGAAGAUCACAAAUGUAGAAAUGCUUUAAUACGUUCUG